AUGGCGUCUACACGCACCAGUCUGUUGCUUCUUGGCGCAUAUGCAGCCACGGCCAAUGCAGAGGCGCUCAGUGUCGACCUGUCAUCCGCAUCAUCCAUCAAAACAGCCAUGAGUACCGUUGCUUACAACCUCAUGACAUAUUACAAGGGCAAUUUGUCUGGCAACACACCUGGUAUUCUUCCCGGUCCACCCCCAGCCGGUGACUACUACUGGUGGGAGGGUGGCGCACUCUGGGGCACCAUGGUCGACUACUGGCAUUACACGGGCGACACGACAUACAACAACCAGACGGAAUAUUCGCUUGUCUUCCAGGCUGGCGCCCCUGAAGACAAGUACAUGCCUGCCAACUGGACAGCGUCUCUUGGAAACGAUGACCAGGGUUUUUGGGGGAUGUCAGCAAUGCUGGCUGCCGAGACGAAGUUCCAGAACCCGGGUUCGUCUGACCCGCAGUGGCUGGAGCUGGCCCAGGGCGUCUUCAACUCGCAAGCUGCGCGUUGGUCUACAGACUACUGCAACGGCGGUCUUCGCUGGCAGAUUCCGCUCUCCAACAACGGAUACAACUACAAGAACAGUAUUGCCAAUGCUAUCUUCUUCAACAUCGGCGCCCGUCUAGCGCGCUACACGAAGAACGACACAUAUGCGCAAUGGGCCGAGACGACGUACAACUGGACAAGGGGGGUGGGCUACAUUGAUGACAACUGGAACAUUUACGACGGUGGCCAUGUCGACGAGAACUGCACGGACAUCAACAAAGCGCAGUACUCGUACGUGCCUGCGAUUUUUAUCCAGGGCUGCGGUUUCAUGUACAACUACCUCUUCCAGACCGAUGGUAGCGAAUUGUGGAAAAAUCGCAUUAUCGGACUGGUCAACCGCACGCUGGAAGUCUUCUUUCCCAACAACACGGCAGUCGAGCUGUCAUGCGAGCUGACAUCGAACAUCCAGUGCACGACGGACAUGCUGUCCUAUAAGGGCUACCUGCACCGGUGGUUGGCACAGGUAACACAGGUUGCGCCCUUUAUCCACGACACGAUCAUGCCGGUGCUCAAGGCGUCGGCUGAGGCAGCUGUGAGGAAUUGCGACAGCAACGGCACGUGCGGCUUCCGGUGGACGACGGCAUCGUACGACGACGACACGGGCGCUGGCCAGCAGAUGAAUGCGCUGGGCGCGAUGAUGAGCGUGCUUCUGGACCUCGAGGCAAUCAACACAGCCGUGACGAACGAUACGGGCGGCACGAGCGUCGGCAACAAUGCUGCCGGUACGGACAGCUCUGACUCAGUCACAACACUGUCGGCCAUCACCACAGGCGACCGUGCCGGCGCCAGUAUCGUGACGGUUGUGGUGGUGGCCGGCCUGACGUCAAUGCUGUUGUGGAUGAGCACUGGGGAGAACGAGGGGUCGCUGGCCCCUGGGCUGGACAAUUUUCCUGUCGGGUGGCUGAAGGCAUCUAGUGGCGAUGCGCCUGGUCUGCGGGACUCUGUAGCUGUUGCAGUUGCUGUUGAUGCUGCUGCAGUGGCUGCCAAAAGGGCCACGAUGGCCGCCUAG